AUGACUGUCUGGGUCCUAGCCACCCCAGGUCAACUCAGCAGGGUCAACAACCCUACUCAUAUCUCAACACUGGGUUACAACCCCAGGGCACAAGGCCCGGGCAGCAGCAACCCCAGGGCACGAGGCCGGGGCUGCAGCAGCCCCAGGGCACAAGGCCCGGGCCGCAGCAACCCCAGGGCACAAGGCCGAGGCUACAGCAACCCGAGGGCACAAGGCCCGGGCUACAGCAACCCCAGGGCACGAGGCCCCUGCUGCAGCAACCCCAGGGCACGAGGCCCGGGCUGCAGCAACCCCAGGGCACAAGGCCCGGGCUGCAGCAACCCCAGGGCACAAGGCCGAGGCUACAGCAACCCCAGGGCACAAGGCCCGUGCUGCAGCAACCCCAGGGCACAAGACCGAGGCUACAGCAACCCCAGGGCACAAGGCCCCUGCUGCAGCAACCCCAGGGCACGAGGCCCGGGCUGCAGCAACCCCAGGGCACAAGGCCCGGGCUGCAGCAACCCCAGGGCACAAGGCCCGGGCUGCAGCAACCCCAGGGCACACGGCCCGGGAUGCAGCAACCCCAGGGCACAAGGCCCGGGCUGCAGCAACCCCAGGGCACAAGGCCCGGGCUGCAGCAACCCCAGGGUACCAGGUUGUGGUUUCAUCUCCCGCCAAAAUCAAUUCAUUAACUCCCACAGGAGUCCAGCACAGCCCUUUUAUUAUUCCAAUUGA